UGCCUUAUGGCCAAGGUUUUGAAGGCGAAAUAUUUUGAGAAUACUGAUAUUAUGAAUGCCUCUUUAGGUGCUAAACCUUCCUAUGCCUGGAGGAGCAUUUUACAUGGUAGGGAUCUUCUGGAAAAAGGACUUAAAUGCUCUGUGGGUAAUGGGAGAAGUCUUAAGGUUUGGACAGAUUGUUGGUUGGAAGAUGAGGAUGGAAUGUGCAGACCUCCUCUCAGAAGACAAAGAUCUUUUAAUGUCAACUUGAAAGUCUCGGAUUUGAUUGAUCUGCAGACCAGAAGGUGGGAUGAAAGCCUGAUGCGCGAGAUCUUUGUACCUGGAGACAUUGAUAUCCUCAGAAAGAAUCAACCGGUGAUAUCUGAUAAAGACUCAUGGAUUUGGAAGCCUACUAGGAGCGGGGUAUAUUCUGUGAAAACAGGGUAUGACCUUGCUUUCUCGUUGCGCAAUCAAGAGUUACUAGAAGUUCAGAAUGCCAGACCAUCUCUGAACCCGCUUAAAGCUCAAGUUUGGAAGGUUAAAGCUCCUUCGAAAAUAAAGGUGUUUAUUUGGAAAUCGUUGUCAGGAGCAAUUGCGGUUAAUGAUGGGCUGAAUGCACGUGGAUUGAGGUGUGAUAAUUUAUGCCAAAUCUGUGGUAUGGAUGGUGAGUCGAUCAACCAUGUUCUUUUUACGUGUACUCUAGCUAGAAAAAUUUGGGCAACUUCGGGGUUUCCUUCUCCUCCAGGGGGUUUCCAUGAGUAUUCAGUGUUUCAAAAUGUAAGCUACUUAUUGAGAGUUUGGAAAGACGAAAGAUGGGACAUAGGGGUAUCGAGAGUGUUUCCAUGGAUUCUCUGGUACCUGUGGAAAAAUAGAAAUUCCCUUCUUUUUGAUGGUUUCACUUUUGAGGGGAAACAAGUUAUUGAGAAAGCUAGAGAAGAAUCUCAGCUUUGGUACUUAGCUCAAGAUUUGGAGAAUGGUGAUGAACGGAGAGAUAAUGGUGGGUUAUGUGCUAGAGAUACGACUUGGAAGGCUCCACCUUGAGGUGUUGUUAAAUGUAACAUUGGAGUCUUUUGGUCAAAAAAGAUGAAGAUCUUGGGUGCGUCUUGGGUGGUUCGGAAUCAUGAUGGUGUGGUGCUGCUUCAUAGUCGUCGUUCCUUUGGAUUGGUGAGGACUAAAGACGAUGCGUUCUUCAUCAGUGUGGGGUGGUCUAUGGAAAGUAUGGCAAGUCAUAGAUUUCUGAAAGUUCACUUUCCAUUUGAAGGAACAGAUUUGGUGAAUGCUAUCAAUUGGCCAAAGGCAGCUAUGUUGGGUAAUUUUUGGUUGUGGAAAGUUUAUGUUGAACCGUUUGAAGCUAAUAGGGGCGCUAGACUCAUUGCAAAGAGUGCGCAGGAAGAUAGGUGGUUGUUGCUCAAGGUUAUCCCUGUUAGCUUUCAAACUUUUUUGAAGGAGAGGCUCUUCGUCUGUGAAGUUAGCUCUCUCGUAUGUUUCUGAUUAUGUACAUUAUCAGCUUUUGGCUUGUAUGAAAUAUUCAGACGAAAAAAAAAAAAAAGUGAGUAAGUGGGCUAAAAUGGGAUUACAAUAUAAAAUGGGUCCUCGAAAGUAGAAAAAAAUAUAAACCAAUGGCCCAAUUUCAUUUGGUUUAACAUCAAACAAGCAAAAUAUAUUCAAUGGUGUCUCUUUCAAGUUUCAACCUCUUCUGCAAGCAAAACCUGUUCCACCUUUCACGCGCGGCUUCUCCUACUUUUGGUUUCGUCCAAUACAACAGUCUCCGACCGAACCUCUUUGUCUUCUUAUUACAUGAGUUCGAUCGCCUCACUUCUAUGCCUCUCUAGAUGUACCUUGUCCUCCCAUGUCUACACUGUAUACGACGGAGAAGCGCAAUUGGUUGACUUUCUGCUUUAAUGGAUCAAACACAUAGCGAAGCAGUAAUCAAAACAGAUUCUUUUUCGCUGCGAUCAUAUGCCGCUUACUGUUUAUGCCGUCUCCUCCUUACCGCGGUCUCACUGUAACCGAGCUUCGCAAGUUCAUACCUAAAUCUUGGAAACGCCACAUCCCACAAACCCGCGAUGAAACAUCAGUUCCUGUUGCUCUGUUCAAAUCUCUCGGACAUUUCAUCUCCCAAGGUCGUCUCUCCGAAGCUUUCAGAACUUUCUCUCUUCUCCUUCUUCGUCACCAGUCUGGUUCUCAUGAAUUCGUUUUGCAAUCAGCUGCUUCCCUUUUGUCGACCUGCGUGGAGCUUAGCGAGUUUGUUCCAGGGCAGCAGAUUCACGCUCGUUGUAUCUCGUCCGGUUUGGAGUUUGAUCCUGUUCUGGUCCCAAAGCUUGUUACUUUCUACUCUGCUUUUAAUCUCCUCCACGAAGCUCAGACCAUUACCGAGAGCUCUGACUUUAAUCAUACCUUGCCGUGGAAUGUGCUCAUCGGUUUGUAUGUUAGGAACAAACGGUUUGUUGAGGCAGUUUCUGCUUACAAGCAAAUGAUGAGUAAAGGAAUUCAACCUGAUGCGUUUACUUACCCAUCUGUUCUCAAGGCUUGUGGAGCCUUACUGGAUUUUGCAUCUGGAAGAGUGGUUCAUGGCUCCGUUGAGGUUAGCCCUCACAGGCGGAGCUUGUAUGUAUGCAAUGCGUUGAUAUCUAUGUACACAAGAUUUGGUAAUGUGGAUAUUGCUCGGAGAUUGUUUGACACCAUGUCUGAACGGGACGCUGUCUCGUGGAAUACAUUGAUUAAGUGUUACGCUUCUCAAGGCAAAUGGGAGGAAGCUCUCGAAUUUUACGAUAGAAUGAGUCUCUCUGGCGUAGAAGCGACUGUUGUAACAUGGAACACGUUAGCUGGAGUUCUUUUGCAGACGGGAGAGUAUGUAAAGGCUUUGAGUUUUGUAGCGAAGAUGAGAAAUCACAAUGUGAGUUUAGAUUCUGUAGCUAUGAUUAAUGGUUUGAAGGCAUGCUCGCAGAUUGGAGCUUUACGGUGGGGUAGAGAGUUCCAUUGCCUUGCGAUACGUAGCUGUUACGCUCGAAUCGAGAACGUUGGAAACUCGUUGAUCACAAUGUACUCAAGAUGUGGUGAUCUUAAUCACGCCUUUAUAGUGUUUCAGCAGAUGGAAGGGAAUGAUUUGAGUACAUGGAACUCUAUCAUCUCAGGUUUUGCGCACAACGAGAGAUCAGAAGAAACGUGUUUCCUGCUCAAGGAGAUGAUGCUCGCUGGCUUUCAUCCGAAUCACGUUACUCUCGCCAGCAUUCUCGCACUCUGUGCUCGGGUGGCAAACCUGCAGCAUGGGAGAGAGCUCCACUGCUACAUCCUGAGGCGCCAAAGCUGCUUCAAAGACGGUUUAAUCCUGUGGAACUCCCUUGUUGAUAUGUAUGCGAAAUCCGGGAACAUCAUAGCCGCCAAGCGGAUGUUUGAGUCGAUGAGCAAGAGGGAUAAAGUGACAUACACUUCACUGAUAGAUGGAUACGGCAUGGUGGGAGAAGGAGAAGUCGCCUUGGCGUGGUUAAAGGAAAUGAUCAGAUCAGGUAUGGAACCUGAUCAUGUAACCAUGGUUGCAGUUUUAUCAGCUUGUAGCCACUCCGGUUUGGUCCAUGAAGGAGAAAGGCAGUUUAAGAAGAUGCAGUAUGUGUUUGGUAUACUCCCUCGCCUUGAACACUAUUCUUGUAUGGUUGAUCUCUACUGCAGAGCAGGUCUGCUUGUUAACGCCAGAGAUAUAAUCCGCAGAAUGCCUUACGAGCCGUCUCGUGCUAUGUGUGCUACUCUGAUAAUAGCUUGUUUGAUCCACGGGAACAAAGACAUUGGUGAGUGGGCUGCAGAUCUGCUAUGGGAGAUGGAGCCAGUGAAGUUAGGGCACUAUUUGUUGAUUGCUGAUAUGUAUACGGUUACUGGUUCGUGGAGCAAGCUUGAAGAGGUGAAGAGGUUGAUGAGUGUGCGUGCUGCUCAUGAGUUUGCUAAUCUUGGUUCUUCUUCCAUCAAUCAGGAGCAAAGUUCAGACGAAGAACGUCUUGUAGAAGUAGGAUAAAUUGUCAAACUGGAAACAUUGGUUUGUUGAUUGUACAUAAUCUUAUACACGAUCGUGGUGUCUCAAAAGUUCAGAUUUGUCCCAAGGUUUAUACUUUAUAUGUUACUCGAAACAACUAUUAACAUGAACAGCUGAGCUAAUAAACGACUAAAGUAGAGCUGUAAACUGGGUUAGCCCACGUUCAUUAGCCCAUAUCCAUUUAUUCAUUUAUUGUUUGUGGACAAAGAGUGACCAUGUCCAUUAAGAACCUUGUCCAUUAACGACCAGACCCACUAACACCCAUGUUUACAUGGACUGCCAUGAAAUCCAUAAAGAACCAUAUAAGAAAUUUUAAAAAUUUUAAUCUAUAAGUCUACAAAUUUUACA